AUGCAAGGGACCGCAUGUGCUAGCGCAUAUGCCAGGUACAACUGCCGCCAGAAGCAAUACCACGGCAUGCGCAACGCCGUUCAAUUCGUGUUCCCUCUUCUGAGGAAAGUUUUAUCUUUUGCCAGAACUCCCCCUCGCGAGCAGCUGUUGAGCAUGUUGGUAGGUGCCCCUUAUUCGCUAGCGCACGAGGGUCCUUUAACUUGCACUCACCUGCACGCAUUUGUCAACACUCCUGAGGGCGAACUUCUACGCAUGUUCGAGGGAUGCAUUGCAGAACGGCUUGCAGCGCCACCUUCGCAACAUGUGAUGAAAAUGUGGUCACCUGACUUGCAGGAAUAUUACAAACGCGCAACUGCCAAAGCGUGCGUGGACGCAUCAGGCGAAAGGAAACCACAGAGAUUCGAGGCUGGUCUAAGUGCUUGUAGCGUUUUUUCAUUAGGAGUACAAAAUCACACUGUCGAGAGCGAUCUCUGGGGGGAAUUCGGAAGCGGACAUACACAUCAAGGCACUUAUUUGAACCCGUUUGGAGAUCAGGCUGCACGUGAAGGUGAGGAGGACAUAGCGAGUGAUUGGUGUCGCUUAAUUGACAUGUACUCCUUGUUUUUACCAGAUCGCUCUCCGUUGCAUGAGUUGGAGAACCUUCCACAAGAAAUCGGAAUUGGCGAACUCUUGCUGUCACUCCUGAAACAUGUCUACAUGACUGAUAUAGAUAUCAAAACGAUUGUGGAUGUGGGUGGCGGUAAUGGUUUUUUAGCUGCACAGCUCGCAGAACGGCUUGGUUGUGAAUCUUUUGUGGUCGACCCAUUUACACCUAAACAUGCUAUUGAUAAUGCGAAUUUUCCACACUGGACCGUGGGAGCUCGCGUUAGGCAACGCAGGGAACGUCGAUAUCCGCUGCACCGUAUUUCCAAGCGACUACAGGAUGUUGACUGGGGAAAUACUCACAUAGAUUUUGAUUCUUGUGCCGUUGUGGCAAAGCACCUCUGUGGAACUUCUGUUGAUAGUUGUUUGCGUCAUUUAAUGGCUUCUAACAAGCUUCCUCGGGUACUGGUUGUGGUCCCCUGCUGUUUUAAUAAGGGAAGAUACGCUGAAUACUGUAACCCUGGUUUCCUCUCUCAUGUGGCUGAUGUGGAAGGUGAGUUGUCGUGGGAGCAGUGCACUCGCCUCACUGAUUGGAAUAAAUCCUGUUACCAACAAGCUGGGAAUCCAUUAAGUUGCUCGUCUUGUUGCAGCUGUUGUAAUGGUAGUUAUGAUCGAAGAGCUGGGGAGAAGAAAGUCAGCCGGAAAAGGAAGAUGGAACACUUUCUUCCUUGUAUGGACGACAUAGCUACUCUAGUGGAGGUGAUUAUAAAUUAUGGACGCGUGCUGUGGCUGCGUGAGAUGGGUUACCAGACCUCCGUCGUAGAAUAUGUUCCUCGCUGUGUUACACCGAAGAAUCGAGCAAUUGUAGCGGUGCGCAGAGAACGCAGUAGUGACGCAAGUCUGGAAAUUACGAUGUCGGACACACACCCCUCAUUACCUGCCUUUCAAUAA